AGCAGAGCUGGAGGCAAAAUAGAUGGGGUGAAAUGAAGAGAUACAUUUAGUAGAAGAAAAAAUGUUCAGCUGAGUUCUUUCAGAGAAGCAUUUUUCUCAGCCUCUUGGGACAACCCCUCAAUGUCUGGGGGCCCACGGCCCUCCUCUGCCUCCCUUUCAAGCUGCUGGUAUGAGGUUAGGCAACUAACUUAGGCAGUACUGAGGGUGCAGGUGUCUCCCAACAACUGCCCCAGACUUGCUUCCUUAACCCAAAAUAGGUUUAGGACCCCAGCCUGGCCCUGAAUACAGUUUGUCCAGGUCUAUAAACAGCAGGGUUUGGAAGCAGCAGUGUGCAGGAGGUAAAGGUACUGCCUGCUUGUGCCAGUUCCUAAGUGGAGCAGGCUGGCCUUAGGGCUUGAGGUCACUCCUGGUCCUGCUGAUAGGGUGGAGAAGAGAGCAGAGCUAGGUGGAAGGGUGUGACCUGAGGGUCUUGAAGAGCAAGGUGCCUCAUGAGGAAUGUUAGGAGUAGGAAGACUUGGGGGAGGGUCUUUUUGAGACAGGGUCUCCCUGUAGCCACAGCUGUCCCGGAACUCGCUAAAUAAACCAGGCUGGCCUCAAACUUCCAGAGAUCCACCUGCCUCUGCCUCCCGAGUGCUGGAACUACAGGCACAUGUCACCAUGUCUGGCAGGAAUAGAAAGAUUUUAUAGCCCAGGAUAGAAAGAGGUAUUCCACCCACUCUUUGAACAAGUGUUGAAGCCAGUCAGGGCACUGGGUACAGGACUAAACAAAAAGCCCUCACCUUCAAGGGCAAGAUCUCGGAGAAAAGUCUCGGUACAGAUUUAAAUGACAACAAGUCAGUGGGGCCAGCUCAGCUUCCACUUUAGGGUCCGCUGGGUCCAGCUGUACCUCGCUGUGUUUCCUCCACGCCGCCAGGGGGCAGUGCGACCUCCUGCCGCUCUCCCGAUAGCCUUCGCGCGAGCGCGCAUCUUAAGCGGGCGUGAGAGCAGGAGCUCCGCGGGCGGAAGCGGUUCCCACGUCGGACGCCACCAUGCCGGGAGACCAUCGCCGCAUCCGCGGACCUGAGGACUCUCAGCCGCCACAGCUCUACGUAGCUGAGAAAGACGAGACGCCCGUCGCCCGCGACCCGACGCGGCUGCGGCCGGUGUACGCGCGCGCCGGGCUGCUGAGCCAGGCCAAGGGCUCGGCCUACCUAGAGGUGGGAGGUACCAAGGUGCUGUGCGCUGUGUCUGGCCCGCGCCAGGCCGAGGGCGGCGAGCGCGGCGGCGGCCCCGCCGGAGCCGGCGGGUUCCGCCGCGCGCCCUUUUCGGGUCGCCGGCGCCGCGCGCCCCCGGGCGGAGGCGAAGAGCGCGAGUUGGCGCUGGCGCUGCAGGAGGCGCUGGAGCCCGCGGUGCGCCUGGGCCGCUACCCGCGCGCGCUGCUCGAGGUAUCCGCGCUGCUGCUGGAGGACGGCGGCUCGGCGCUGGCCGCAGCGCUCACGGCCGCCGCGCUUGCGCUGGCGGACGCGGGAGUGGAGAUGUACGACUUGGUGGUGGGCUGUGGCCUGAGCCUCGCGCCGGGGCCCGAGCCCACCUGGCUGCUGGAUCCCACGCGGCUGGAGGAGGAGCAUGCUUCCGCCGGCCUCACCGUGGCACUCAUGCCGGUGCUCAAUCAGGUGGCCGGGCUGCUGGGUAGCGGGGAAGGCGGUCAGACUGAGAGCUGGGCGGAUGCGGUGCGCCUGGGCCUCGAGGGCUGUCAGCGCCUCUACCCGGUGCUGCAACAGUGUCUGGUGCGGGCUGCACGCCGGAGGGGCGCCGCCGCCCAGCCCUGAAACCACCUGAGCCACGAGAUCGCGAGAACCGAGCUGCCACCGUCCGGAGCGGAAAGGACCAAGCUGUUGGCAGUGGAUAAUGCGCCGAGCUGAGGAACACUUGGGACUGGGGAGUUGCGCGCAUACCACCAGUGCACCUCACAGCCGUGUGGAAAGGCUUUUUGCAAACUCUUCCAUUAAGGGGGCUUUGCUACUUGAGCUACUUGAGCAUCCAGCUCUGACUCGAUUGGAGAAAUUCCCUAAAAACAGCCUUAUCACCUAGAUGGAAAGGACUAUGCUGGAUUUACCUGGUAAAUGAGACUUGAAGUUACAGUCUUGUAAGGAAUGGACCCUGUGCAGGCCGGCCUAGGACUCCCGACGUAGAACACCUGGGCUACCUACUGAGAGUAUGGACAAGGCUCUGCCUUCUCACUACUGAAGCUAAAACAUAAAAUCCUUUUUAUACC